GGGAAACGGGGCUGAGCUGAAUUGAAUUUAGUAAAUCGGAUUCAUGUCCCGCUUCUUUACAGCACAGCGCGACCCCUAAACCAUCCGUUAUGGGAAGGUAUCGGACUCAAAUCUGGACUAUCCCUGACGAUCUAUCCGAAGCGUAGCAAAAAUAUGAAAAUUGUGUGCCCGAACAUAUUUUCGUCUCAACAUGAAGAGCGAAGGGACCAAUUGGCUCUUGAAUUCUCCCCUUUCGGCUGUAUGCCGUGGCAAUGCCUUGGGGGGAUAACACGAAUUGAAGCCGGGUGUGGAAUAGAACAGCCUGAGAUCUGGAUACCGAACACCUCGUACUAGGCUUUAAUAUGUAAGUAAUACUUACUAAGUAUUUCCAACGAUGGAUCUGAUACGAGAAUACACCACGUAUGUUAGCGUUCUAUCCGACAUUUACUCUCCCCAGUUUCAGGUGGGCCAUGGGACCAGACCGCUAUCCUAGGUAUAUUAAGAUUACCCGUAGAAAUAGACCCCUUAAGCUGGUCGCCAUAUAGAUACCGUUCCCCAGAUUCUACAACGGCUACGCCCAUCUCUUUUUGCCCUGAAAAAAGAGAAAUAUACACUCGCUGAAUAGAACGAUAUCCGAAUUUAAUCGUUAACUGCGAUCAAAAUCGACCAUGAAGUUCACACUACCGUUCGAGCUUGGUAUGCUUGCCUCGAGCAUAUUCGCCUCAAAUACGACCACCGUAUCUCCGUCCGUCUACAUACUAAGCACGUCGCCGCCUGCAACAGUCGCUCUCAGUAAAGCCUUGGACACAUUAGGAUAUAGUCGUUUAGACCUCGAAUCAGACAUACUGAACCAGGCGACGCUAUUAAACACCUAUGUCGAAGUAACGUCGAACAUGCAGCUGGCAGAGAUCGCUCGAUCACAACCCGACGCCAAGUUCAUAUUACCCCGAGGCAGUCGACGUAUAGGGGAAGAAGAUUACGUGCUUUCAGCUCGGAAUUUCUUCUCCAAGGAGAAGCGCUCUCGCAAAUUUUUAGAGCUGGAUGUGCUUGCGCUGAAGGCGAGUUCGCAGGCGGAGAACUGGGUCCAGCUGUGCGACUUCUUAGGCAUGGGAUACAGCGUGGUGGAACGACUAGGCUUAUGGCACUUCCCGAAAUAAAGGCCACGGUCUAUACCUACCUACAUAAAAGGAAGAAGCUCUAAAAACGAUAGAUUGUAGAGUCGACUAUAAACGUCGCUCCAAUAUUCGGGCACCUAUAUAUCAGGUCUGAACGUAUGAGUCGUUUAAAAAUGGCGAGGGGGCGAGGGAAACGCGAUGAUUACGAGUAGACGGGAGGAUAGGCGCGAGAUGGAGACAUUUUGCGACUCUACUGCAAGAAGAGGAAGAAAGAAUAACACCACGCUAGCCAGCAUUGAUCUAGCAGGUGGCUUAUACCGAAUGAGCAGCAGUACAUGCUCCGGGCUUUAGAGUUUAUUAGUAUUGAAUAUAUUGAAUAGGUACUCACAAGACUAUUUUAGAUACCAUGUACUAUUGAGAGUCGGGAAUCCAGCUGUGUUCUAAUGAUUGAGUAUGGUCAUCAUUACGAGCAUAUUACUGGCGAUGAAUAUUUUAAACGGUUGUCUAAGUGCCC